AUGGUCGACCCUACUCUAGCAGAAAUGGGAAAGAAUCUGAAUGAAGCAAUGAAGAUGCUAGAAGACAAUCAAAGAAAAGUGGAGGAGGAAAAUGAAAAGAAGUAUGUGCGGAAGGAUAUUCCUGGACCACUCCAAGGCAGUGGCCAGGAUAUGGUGAGCAUACUUCAGUUAGUUCAGAACCUAAUGCAUGGAGAGGAAGAAGAGGAAACUUCACAGGCCUACCGACUUCAAAAUGUUGGUGAACAGGGUCACAUGGCUCUACUGGGACAUAGUUUGGCUGCUUAUAUAUCGGUGCUGGACAGGGAAAGACUGAGAAAACUUACGACAAGGAUCCUUUCUGAUACUACUCUCUGGCUCUGCAGGCUUUUCAGGUAUGAAAACGGAUCAGCAUAUUAUCAUGAAGAUGAUCGUGAAGGUCUCCUAAAAAUCUGUCGACUUGUUAUUCACACACACUAUGAAGAUUAUACAGUAGAAGGAUUUAAUGUGCUAUAUACUAAGCAGCCUGUCAUAUACAUUAGUUCUGCAGCUAGAACAGGCUUGGGCCAAGCUCUCUGCAAUCAGCUAGGGUUGCCCCUUUCUUGCAUGUGCCGUGUGCCUUGUAACACUAUGUUUGGAUCUCAACAUCAAAUG